AUGAGACAAAAGAGAGCCAAGUCCUACAAGAAGCAAAUGAACUUGUAUUUGCACACCUUCAAGUUUAGAGAGCCUUUUCAAACGAUCGUGGAUGACGAGCUUGUUCUUACAUGUGACAAGGCUUCUUUCGACUUGACUAAAGGUCUCAACCGAACUAUUCAAGGUGAAACCAAGCCAAUGAUUACACAAUGUUGCAUGCAAGCGCUCUACUCAACAAACAACCAGAGAGCUAUAGAAACUGCUAAGCAGUUUGAAAGACGUCGAUGCAAUCAUCCUCCAAAAGAUCCAAAACCGCCAGCUGAAUGCAUUGAAUCUAUCGUUAACAUUGAUGGCAUCAAUAAACACAGAUACAUUGUUGCAAGUCAGUCUAUUGGCUUGAGAAAACGACUUCGAGGUGUGCCGGGUGUUCCCUUGAUUUUUAUGAACAGAUCUGUUAUGGUCAUGGAACCAGCAUCGUCUGCAUCACAAAGAGCUGCUGCAAUGCAUGAAAAUGCUAAACUUACUGCAGGCUUAAAUGACUCCAAAGUUGGAUAUGUCGAGAAAGAUGCUCCUGAAAACGAAACAGAUGAGUCGAGAAAAAAGAAGAAGAGAAAGGGACCAAGCGAGCCUAACCCAUUAAGCAUCAAGAAAAAGAAGGCUGAACCAAAGCCAGAGCCUAAAGAACAAAAGAAGAAGAGAUCUAGACGCCACAAAAAGGCUUCUGAUGUAGAGAAGGCGCUGGACAAUGAAAAUGCAAAUUACCUGGGACAAGAAAGUGCUGCUCAAAAUGAAGAGAAGGUUUUAAACAAAGAGGAAGGAAACGAAAUCACAAAAGUGAAGGACAUUGAGAGUAGUGCUGAUCAAAAUGUUGAAACUACUGAGCCUGUGGUUAAGCAUAACGAAAUAGAACAAGAAGACUCACUGUCGUCGUCAAGCUGA